UCCGUGUUUAGAGCAUCUAUCGGGAUACCUGACGCUUCGUCGUUGCCGGCGACGCUGUUCCGGUUUUAGUAGCGCCGCGACGCCCCAAGCCAGCUGUGAUCGCGCUGUGAGGAACGCGAUGCAAGGCGGUGGCGCGUUCGAAACCGCGCGACAGAUUGUUGAAUUCGAGGAGCUGGUGUCACGAUUGGAUCGCAUAAACGACGUGGUAAUCCGACGGUCAUCGACGACGUUGGCGACGACAACGUCGACGUCGAUGCCGUCGCCGUCGCCGCCGGCGUCUUCUCCGCAUUUUGCCGGCACGUCGUCUCUGCCAUACGAUUGUCCCAUUCCGAAUGCGACAUGUUCGCCCGUUGACAGUGAGCAGCAACGAGUACGCGUGCACAUCGGUAUCGACGAGGAUCUGCGAAUGAUUCUCGAAAUGGAUCCGUCGAUCGUCGACGGGACUCUCACUCCUGUCGUUCUGCCCGACAAUCAUCCCACAACAGCGCAUACGUUGCGCGUAACACGACCGCAAGGCUGUCCGCCGACGUUCAAAACAGCGACGCCGACAUCGCGCACGCAAUUGAAGCUGCAGUUGAUGCGAGAGCAGCUGCAGGAGCAAGAAAGGCGACAGGCGGAAUUCCGGCAGAGCUUGCAGCAGCAGAGACCAGCUGCCGCAUCACCCAAACCAGUGCCUCCUACGCCGCUGCCCACCAUUGGCGUAGAUGUUCCACCACAAGUAUUGCAAGUACGCACUCUUUUGGAAAAUCCUACACGUUACCAUGUGGUGCAGAAGCAGAAAAACCAAGUGCGUCAGUACCUGCACGAGUCGUUUCGCGGAGGCGAGGGCGGCGCCGGCAAUGCGGUUGUCGGCGGUAGCACCAGCAGCGAGGGUGGCAGCAGGACGCCGGUCGACGCCGGGCCACCGCCCGUUCCGAUGGUGGUGCAAAGUGCACCACCCGGCCCACAGCUGCAUCACACCAAGUCGCAGCAUCCUCAUCUUGCUUCGUACCCACAUGGCCCCGCGCUGCUGCCGCACCAUCCCGGUAAUCCCACGGCGCUCUCGGCGAGUCCGGAUCCCGCCACCACUGGCACCAUGUCUCCGGGUUUGUCCAGUGUCGCCACUAGCAACUCCGAGGCUGAGGAUCUCCUGGACGACAUUUUGUCGUUCGAAGCUGGUUCCUUGGGGGAUGGAUUGAAAGACGGUCAAGCCGGAAGUCUUACAAAUAUACAAGAUCUUCAGAUUAAGCCGGAACCUCUUUUGCUCACUGAGGCGGAGAUUCAUGCGCUCGCUAAAGAUCGGCAAAAAAAGGAUAAUCACAACAUGAUCGAGCGACGGCGGCGUUUCAACAUCAACGACAGGAUCAAGGAGCUCGGAACCCUCCUGCCCAAGACCAAUGACCCAUAUUACGAGAUCGUUAGGGACGUCAGACCUAACAAAGGUACGAUUCUUAAGUCUUCGGUAGAGUAUAUAAAACUGUUGAAAACCGAGCUGACGAGAAUGAAACAGAACGAGAUCAGACAUAAACAAUUGGAGCAUCAAAAUCGAAGGUUGCUACUGCGCGUGCAGGAACUCGAGCUGCAGGCGAAGGCACACGGACUUCCGAUUUCCGAUUUCAACUGGGCGUCUACUUCCGCCGCUAUGCUCAACACCUUUCCUAGGAAUAAACUCGAACACCGAAAGAUACCAGAUCUGGCGGUGACGGAGGAGGCGACAAGUCUGAGCAUGUCACAGUUCGAGGACCUCAUGGAGGACGACACCGGAGGCCCCGUACACGGUGGCGAUCCGAUGCUGUCGUCGCCGCACCUGCCACCGCUGAGUCCACCUGCGGCCGCCUGUCACCACGGUUUAACCGACGACGACACCCUCGGCAGUCUGGCGGUGACCACGUCGAAUUCCUCGUCUGACAUGGACAUCGUCGCGUAGCCGAAAACGUCCGUCGUUCAUCAGCUUCGCGCGUGAUCGAAGUCGACUUCCGAAACUUUCUCGUCGUCUUAGGUAUUUUUCCGGUCGUCGCACGACUGGAGGUGAUCGAUUUAGCUUUAUGUGAGAGAACGGGAACAUAGUGUGCGAGGUGCGACUUGAAGGCAGCGGGCUGCUACGGCGUGGUAGAUCUUCAUCGUGGAAGAAAAGGAAGUUCGCGCGGUACCAAUUGGAUUUUAUUGGAAACGACCGCGUUCCGAUGUGGAUUUAUCGAAAACUAGUCAUCGACUCGAAAUCGGAGAUUUUACUUCGCUGGAAAAAAUUGGGAAAAUGAACAAUAAUACGUGCGAUUUAAAUAAUGAAUAUCCGAUCGAUUCGUUCAAGUAAAUGACUACUGUUUCUAUCAGAAAGACAGUUAUAUAUCACACACACAAACACACAUACACUCACAUGGAGACAUACAUCUCUCUAUGUAAAAGAUUUAGAAGAAAUAAAUCUCGACUUGGCCAACAUACAAAAUACGAUAUUUACAUAGACAACCUCGAAGACUGAAAAUUACAAUUUUCAUUAAAAAAAAAGUGUAUACUUAUCCGAACAACUAUCACGGCAACAUUAUUUUUUCAAUUAUCUUAGAUAUGUCAUUAAUGAUAAUGACGUUUUAGAUAUUCUCUCGUAAUCAUCAAGCAAGAAUAUUUUUAAAACUCCGUUAAUUUGGGAGAUCAAGCAAAAAAGUGACGAAAAGAAAAUUACUAUGACAAGAACGUGUCAAGUUCGAGUUUCGCGUCCUUGGAGAUUCAGUACGAGGAUCGAUAGAUGUUUAUCGAGUCGAUGACGAGAUUCUCAAGAAGUGAUCGAGCGUUUUCGAUCGGUCAAGCUCUGAGACUUCGAGGUCUGAAGUGGCCGGUGAAAGUCGUCAUUGUCAGACGAUGAAGGAGGAGUUCAGGGUCGUUUCAAUUGCGCGCGGAACGGAGAGCUCGAUGCCACAAUUCUACGAACGGCUGGCCGUUACAUCGAUGGAAUGCGUGACGUCUUGUGCGCGGUAUAUAUGAUGAUAUUAUGUCAGUGCACCGAAGAACGCGCUGAGACGAGUUUGAAAGACACGUUUGCGCAUCACAAGCGAGAAAGCAAUUGUCGUCAGUGAUGCACUUUACGUUGUUGACGACGACUUUUGAAAUCUUUUUGACUAAAAGGACGAGAGAACAUCUCGUAAAAAGUGCUAACUCUUAUUACAUAUAGCUUACUAUAAUAUUACUUAAUCGAGAAAUUUAAUUUUUGUAGUUUACAAGUGUGCGCGAAAUAUGCCGAGAAGAUGUUUCGUUUUUGAGGUGAAUAUAAACUUUUAAUUUUAAAAGACAAAGUAUAUUUCUUCGAAAAAAAAACAAAGUAUUUUGCCGACACAUCUCCUCGAUGAGAAGUACACAUGUAGUCGGAAAAAAUAUGUAAAAAAAUCCAUAAAGAUAAUUAACCUGUACAUUACAUCUUGCUUUAUAAAGCUGUGAAAUAUCGAGGUGAUACUGCGAAAAGAAAAUACAAGAACGAACUUUGAAGUGUCUUCGUAAAAAGAAUCGGAAAAAACAUCAUAUAUUCAAAAAAAAUAUAUCUUUCGAUUUCAGUAUUAAAAAGUGUGUACAUGCAUUAUAAUAUAUAUUACGCAAUCAGAGAAUUUCUUACAUAGCGACGUACAAUGUAAAGUAAACAGUUCCUAGAAUCAUCUUCAAAGCAUACUUUAACUCUUCUGUCACCGCUUGAAUAUUUUUGUUUUGACCUUAAUGAUGAGAACAAUUUUUUUAAUGCUAGCGUGCGAAUUUUGUUACGUCGCUCGAAAUUUUUAUUCUUGGAGGUACAAAGAACAUCUUCUCGCAAAGUUUGUUAGUUUUUUUUUGUAGCAGGUUCGUACAGUACGUCGUUCAAUGUAUGUACAAACAGUCGGUCCAUUAUUAUUAUUAUUACGAAUAGUUCUAUUAUUAUUAUUAUUACAAAUAAUUUAAGAAAAAAGAAUAGUGAUGAUUUAAAAAAGUAAACAAUCACGCGUUGACAGAAGAGUUAAAAUGUGUGCGAAAUCAUCACCUACACAAAAAAAAAAACAAAAAAAAAAGAAAAUUAAUGUUCUCAGAACAUCAAAAAUUUCUUAUAAAAGUAUUUUAUCAUCUUGCUAUUAUUUUUCUCAUAAUUGACGAUAUUUUCAAAUNANNAAAAAAAAAAAAAAAAAAAAAAAAAAAUGAACGCGAUAAUUAACGGUGUUAUAAGUGUUGUUAAAAGACCUGUGCUAAAACUAUCGAGACAGUAAGUUUGUGAUGAAAGUUCGUGUAAUUUUGAAUUAAAGGGGAAAAGUCGUGGAUUGAACCGGCGGUUUUACAAACGCGAAAGAUUCAUAAUUAAUCGGUGGCGACAAAGGAACCCAACGUCAAUACGCGUCUGAUCUUUGGCAAACUCGCAGCAGAUGAGCGAGUAUCGUGCUCAAGUUUGUUAUAAAGUUUGCUAGUAGUUAUUGUCUUCAGCACUGUGCGCGCCUCGUAUGUUGCCUGGAAGCGAGGAGCAACGGUUUCGGCACACGGGGACUUUUGUGCGACAAGUCUUGUUUCGCCGAGCGCGCGACUAUAUAACCUACAUUGUUCGAUCUCACGUUGCCUUGAGCCAAGAUCGAUGAUAAUUAUUCGAACGGGGAUUAUCGUCGAUAAAUCGUCGAUGCUUGACGUGAAGAGAAGCAAUAUGUUAAAUUUAGGUUUUACCCUACUUUUCAAGAGAGAGAGAGCGAGGGAGAAUUUAAAUAUUACUUGUACAAAAACAGAGAUAUAGAGAAAGAGAUAAGAGAUAUUAUUUUAAAUACACCGUACUGAACUGCUAUUAAGUAUUACACAAAAAGUUUGUUAAAAGUUGUUAAAUAACCGAUCUUAUUUUUUAAAUCAUUUUAACAAUAAGAGUAUUUAAUAAUAAUAAGAGAAAAUAAAAACACAGAACACUUUUUUAUCAAUUGCUUUAGAACACUUUUGGUAUGUACAAAUGUGCAUAUAAUUUGAAAACUAAAUUUGAGAAUAUUUUUAUUAACCCUCAACGGACGGACAUGGGUCGUUUUCGUCUGGAGCAAAAUUAC